AUGCCAGGUAAUCACGGUAAAAAGCCUUCGGAUAGACGCGAUUCCUUGAAGCAACAACAACGGAAGAACAACUCCACUCAUAAACAAAAGGAGCCACAAGCGAAUAGUAUAAAUAACAGCAAAUCGCAACCCCAUCGAUCCAACACACCACCUGCAUCGACAGCAACGUCUUCUUCUUCACCACCACAACCACAACCACCCUUGUCCUCGGCAGGCCCUCAACCAGCUCUUGGCCAGAAUGGAUUCAAUAGUGCCGAUGUUAUGCAAUUUUUGAACCAACGUUUCUCUGACACGUUAGCGGCCUAUCAUGAUGGUUCAAGUGGAGAAGGUAGACCUGAAAAGUAUGAGAGUCAAGAAAAGGCGUGGGGAAACAAGGGAGGUUUACCAUCCGUAUGGGGACAAAAGAAUGGUAUCAUGGCAAAUGGCGGUGAUCUCCUUACAGAAUUGGUCAAGAACUCAUAG